AAAGAGUGUAAUGAGUUUUGGGUACCAGUCGCUGGACAGCCGCUGACCAGAACGGCCGCACAGAACAAUGGCUCAACACACCAGCAAGACCACAUAAAUAAAACGAAAAAAUAAAAGAACCAAAACACAUUAAGUGGCAACUUUAAUCACCUAAAACAAAGGACUUUAUCUAAUUGGAAUUCUACAUUAUCAUUAUAAACGAGUAAUUGAUACCAGAUAUGUCGGUGAGACAAAUAAGGCAAGCAUUCUGUCUAUCAAUGUUUCAGACAUAAUGUGGUAUCAAACAUCGCAACAGUGACGGUCGGUCGUGCUCGAGUGCUGUUUAUAAACAAUGAUAGUGAUAUUAUAGUUAUAUUUUGAAUUAAUCCGUCAACAGAAAAAAUAGCAAAUAUGGCGGAAGAAAAGACAAAACCUGUCGAUAUGGAAGAGAAGCCAUUGAACAAGGAUGUCAUCCCUAAUCUGUAUAAGGACAAAAGUUUCAGAGAAAAGCUGAGAUACAUUAAGGACAACAUCACUGUGGAACCAUUGUUAGCUGGUCUGAUCAUUCCCAGUAUCAUUUCAAGGUUUGCUAUGGGAAAUCUUAAUUUGGACAAAGCGUGCCGUGUUAAUUUCGGUUUUGGAGACGAAAUUUGUGAUGCGUUAGUAAGUAAGGCGAGUAAGAACUUUACGGAGUACGAGCAGGCGGUGCAGCAGCUGAUCUCUUCCAUAGACAUUUGGAAGAGUGUGAUCUCAACGGCGUUACCAUGUAUCAUAAUAAUGUUCCUAGGGGCGUGGAGUGACCGAACGGGGAAGAGGAAGCUAGUUAUAAUGCUACCGAUCUACGGAGAACUGUUAACGUCGAUAAAUAAUUUAGUAAAUGUCUAUUUCUUCUAUGAGAUUCCUGUGCAAGUUACGGUGUUCUUAGAGACGCUAUUUCCAGCCAUUACUGGUGGCUGGGUGACAAUGUUUUUGGGUGUAUUUAGCUAUAUCAGUGAUAUUACUUCGGAAGAGUCCAGGACAUUUAGAGUAGGACUUGUGAACUUUUGUAUGACCGCUGGUCUGCCUAUUGGUAUCGGUAUCAGUGGGUUUUUGCUGCAAAAGAUGGGAUACUAUGGACUAUUCUCAUUGACAAGCGGACUGUUUUCCCUUGUGCUGUUGUACGGCACUUUCUGCUUGAAGGAGCCUGAUCAAUGGCUUCAGGAGAAAGGACUGCCUCCGAUUGAGAGGACCAUCGACACGAAUGUAUCGUUCUUCGACCUCUCCCACGUGGCGGAGACGGUAGCCGUCGCCUUCAGGCCUCGUCCCAUGAACAAGAAGAGCAAGAUCCUGCUCACCUUGCUGAUGGUAUUCCUGCUCUUUGGACCUACUUCUUCGGAACAUGGUGUGUUCUACCUGUUCGUGAGAAACCGUCUCAACUGGGACAUGGUCAAGUUUGGAGUCUACGUCAGCUACUCCAUUGUACUGCAUUCAUUUGGUGCAAUGUUCUCAAUAACAGUACUGAGCAAACGUCUGCAGGUUGACGAUUGCUUGCUGUGCUUCAUCUCUGUUAUCAGCAAGAUCGCCGGUUCCAUUUGGACUGCAUUCGUCACGACUGAUAUUGAAAUGUAUUUAGUGCCUGUCGCUGAGCUACUAAAUGCCACAACAUUUACGUCGCUGCGUUCCAUCAUAUCCAAGUUGGUGGAAAAACAGGAGAAUGCCAAAGUAAACUCCUUGUUCUCCCUGACGGAGACGACAGCAGCGCUGGUGUUCCAUCCCUUCUACUCGUGGAUGUACAUGAAGACGCUGCAUACGUUGUCGGGAGCAGUGUUCCUCGCCAGUGCUGCUAUAGCCAUACCACCGUCCAUUAUUCUUCUGUUCUUCUACAUCCAGAAUAAGAUAGGACUGAAGAAUUUAAGGAAGAUCGCUUUAGAGGCAGAAGAGAAGAAAGAUGUUAAAGAAGCGGAAAGUAAGAAGGCAGAUCCUUUGACGUUUGUCCCUUCAAAGAUUGAGAAGGAAAAGAUUGAAAUGGGAAAGAAUAUUUAGGAUUAAGAAGAAGUUGAAACAGAAGUUUAUUUGUCAAUCAAAUGAUUUGUUUAUUUGGCCUUUCAUUUGUUUUAUUAUUGUUUUUUUUAAAUACAUUUUGUAAAAAGUUUUUCAUUUCGCUGUUUGAAUUGUAUAUUUUGGUAAUUGUAAUUUUUGGGAUAAUUUAUUAAAGAUAUAAAUAAACUAGGUACCAAUCUAUAGAUUAUGUUUGUUUUGUUACAUUCAUACAUGUUUUUUUUUCAUAUUGUUGUUUUUUAUGUUUCAUUCAAAAGUAGACCUUAAGAUAAGAAUAAAAUCGAAUUAUUUUAGUAUACUUGAAUCCAUGUUUUGAAUGAAUGAAAAUUAUAUUAUUUAAUUUAAAAUUCCUCUAAAAAUGUUUUAGUUAUGCGUUUUUUUGUAUAUUUAUAUUGGAACCAAUUAUUAUUAGCAAUUAGCUAAUAUUUAAGGCAAGACUGUGUUGUUUUAUUAGGAAAAUUCAUGUUAAAGUUAUGUUUUGUAGACUUUGAACACAAAUAUAUCCUAAAAGAAAAAAUAUUGAUUCCUUUUCUUGGCAAUCUGUUCUUUGAACUUAUUUGCACCUUUUAUUUGGUAUGUGUAUUAUGAUCACAAUUAUUUUUAUUAGAAACUAGAAAAUCUGAAUGAUCAAAGCAAAUUAAUACUUCUGCGAGUACUAAGUAUAAUAUUUUUAACAUAUUUAUGUAUUGUUAAAUGAUUAUUCUGUUUUUUGUACCAGAAAUAAGGGUUUUUAUUUUAAUGACCGCUUAUAAUAACCACUACCUUUUUUAAUUUUUAUACAUUGAUAUGAAAUUGUAAAUAUUUAGUUUAAUAUCUAUACUAAUAUAUAAAACUGAAGAGUUUG